AUGUCCAAAUUGGUCAAUCGUUCCAGAUCAAUGAAGAGCAUGAGGAUUGGAGAAGGGGCCCCUGGGGGCACGCCGCGCACGCACGGCCCAGAGUCCCUCGUCCUGGGAUCGCCGGGUCUUGUGUCAAGUUUCCAACAGACCAAGAAAGACUCGGCAGUAUCUCAAAACGAGGUCUUGCCCUUCUUCGUAGUGGAUGCCGCUGCCGCCAUUCAGACUCGUCACACAUACAGCCAUCGACCUCUGCCCACACCUCCUCGUUCCAAAGCAUCAUCGACCAUGGCUGAGCGGCCUAGGACUAGCGGCGGCCCUUCGCCUCAUAACUACAGAGCGGCCAGUUUUAAGAAUUUUGAUAAACGUGUCUCCAAGGAUGACAUGUAUAUCAGGCCUCACUCUGCGGCUCGAGGAGGGUAUAAGUCUUAUCACAUCCCGAUACGGGACAAUCCAGCAUCCCCGAUAGAGAGUCCCGGUGACUUCUCUUACGACUACUCGCCAGCGCGCACGUUCACAGUCAGGACACAGACGCCGGACUCGAUGGACAGCAACAUGGGCACGAUCGCAAUAGGCAUGGCGAUAGGUAGUCCGACACACCCGCCACCCCAAUUUUCGGCCUCGAGCGAUUACGCGGCUUCGAGCGAGUUCCUGACAACAUCCGUUUCCGCAACGAGAAGCGAUUGGCAACCACAGUCAUCCGGCAUGAGCACAAGUAUGAUCACAGCCUCGCCAGAACCGCUGCAGGAGGCAUCAGAAACCGCGCCUGCACCGAAGCAGAAGUCAGGAAGGUGGAAGUUGUUCGGGCGUUCCAAGAGCAAGAGACUGGCAUCAUCCCCCGUCACUAUCUCCCAACCCAUGAACCUUCAGCAAUCAUCAGCCAGCAGAACAGACUUUGAGAAGUCCCCGACGACUAACCAGGCCAGUGAUUUGGGAAGGCGGGACACGGAGAGGAAGCCGGCAGACAGCAAACCGCCAAUGCUGCGCUCACAAACAGCCGGUGCGACGGCCCCGCCAAGUCCGAAAGACUCGAAGGCUCCCAAACUUUUGAGCAGGAUGGCGUCGACACGGUCAGUACGGAGUGUCAAGAAGUCGGAUAUCUCGGGACCAGUGCAUGUGUCGAUGGCAGUGCCGGCGAUGCCGCCGAAGCCUUCGGCAUCGCCAAAGCCUCCGGGUGGCUUCUUGGACGUUGAGAUCCCCAGCAUCAAAAUGGAGCGUUACAGCGUCAUGUUCGGCAAUGUUUUGGGGCAGCCGCGAGAAUCGCAAGCUACGACGUCUGGACAGCAAGCACCGCACACGUCGUCAUCUCUUCUGGAGAGGCGGCAAGCCACGCUGGACAGAUUGAAGACAAUCAGCGACAAGGUUGCCAACGAAGAGAGAAGAAACAGGGAUCGGGCAAAGGGCCGCAGAGCAACAUCACCACAGCCGCCCGAGUCACCGGCGUUCUCGCUUUCGCUGUUCCCGGCCACUCCCUCACACUCAGCGAACAGGCCUCCGCAAUCUCCCCGUUUCCGCUCGAACACCUCGCCCGCCUAUACAUCAUCGACGCAAAGGGCUAAAGUCGAACUCGCAAGGACGCAUCCCGAACACACGAGAAGGAAGACGCCGUCACCCGAGACGAGUGGUAUCCGGCCCCGCCGGCCGCGGGAGCCUGCUGCGCACGAGGUCGUUGCCAGCCCCGAGCAAUAUUCCUUUGCCAACGAUGACGAACCCGAAGAGAUCCACCUGAUGGAACAGCUGAAGCCGACAAUCUACGAGCCUGCGUGGCAGAUGAUUACCCCGGCCGCAUCGACCGCUCCCUCGAGCGCCGCGCCCAGCGCGAAGGACCAUUCCCCCACGUCUGUGUCGCCUGCCCAGACGCAUGUGACGAAGCCGUCUUUCGACGGCUCGGAGCCCGACGACGCCCUCCGCGCCGCCGUAGAGAUCUCCAUCGCGAGGCAGAUCAGCAUCUCCAGGCAGCAGCGCCAGAUGCUCCGGCCCAUAAAGCCCAACACCGUCCGCACCAGGAGUCCUGUGCCGCCCAUCGCCGUCGGCAAGAACGAGCGGCUGUCGUCGACGAAGAGCUCCACGCCAACGCUCAUCUACCCUGGGGAGACCUUUGAGCAGCAGAUUGCGCAGAACCGCAAGAGCGAGCGCAUCAUUGUCGAGGACGAGUAG